GAGUGUGAAUGAGGAGGGGUGGCGGGAUCCGGCCCGGAAGCUGCGGGCAGCUCCCGGGAUUCGGGUCCGGGGCUCUGCGCCCGCUGUGCCCUCCGUUCUCCACUCUUCUUUUAGGGCACCUUUGAGCCGAAUUCUGCGGCGGCCCGGCAGACGCAGACCCUGGAACCAUGAGCGUGGGCUUCAUCGGCGCUGGCCAGCUGGCCUGUGCCCUGGCGCGGGGCUUCACGGCCGCAGGCAUCCUGUCGGCUCACAAGAUAAUAGCCAGCUCCCCGGACAUGGACCUGCCCACAGUGUCCGCGCUCAGGAAGAUGGGUGUGAGCCUGACCCGGAGUAAUAAGGAGACAGUGAGGCACAGUGACGUCCUGUUCCUAGCCGUGAAGCCACACAUCAUCCCCUUCAUCCUGGACGAGAUCGGGGCCGAUGUCCAGGCCAGGCACAUUGUGGUCUCCUGCGCGGCAGGCGUCACCAUCAGCUCUGUCGAGAAGAAGCUGAUGGCAUUCCAACCGGCCCCCAAGGUGAUCCGCUGCAUGACCAACACGCCCGUGUUGGUGCGAGAGGGCGCGACAGUGUACGCCACGGGCACCCACGCCCUGGUGGAAGAUGGGCAGCUACUGGAGCAGCUCAUGAGCAGCGUAGGCUUCUGCACUGAGGUGGAGGAGGACCUGAUUGACGCCGUCACAGGGCUCAGUGGCAGCGGGCCUGCCUAUGCGUUCAUGGCCCUGGACGCAUUGGCCGACGGUGGGGUGAAGAUGGGCCUGCCGAGGCGCCUGGCUGUCCGACUGGGGGCCCAGGCCUUGUUGGGGGCUGCCAAGAUGCUGCUGGACUCAGAGCAGCAUCCGGGCCAGCUCAAGGACAAUGUCUGCUCCCCUGGGGGGGCCACCAUCCACGCCCUGCACGUCCUAGAGAGCGGGGGCUUCCGCUCCCUGCUCAUCAACGCAGUUGAGGCCUCCUGCAUCCAAACACGAGAGCUGCAGUCCAUGGCCGACCAAGAAAAGAUCUCCCCAGCUGCCCUCAAGAAGACCCUCCUGGACAGAGUGAAGCUGGACUCCCGCACAGUGACCUCACUGACCCCCUCCAGCUCAGGGAAGCUCCUCACAAGAAGCCCAGUCCCAGGAGGCAAAAGAGACUAAGGCAGCCUCGGUCUGCCCUUCUCUCUGUGACCGGAGCCCUCGGAUGAGGGACGCUGUGCAGUGCAGGGGUAGGCUCAGUCAGUCUUCAGGUCCUUGUGAUAAAACCUCCUCAAGUCUGUUCAGACCAAGCAGCACUAGUUUCCCCUCCUGUCUCCAGUUAGAAGGUGCUCUGAAGGGGUGGUGGAUGCUGGAAACGAGAUGCAGCCCUGCACACCUCACACGGUUACAGGAGAGAGAGGUUGGGACUCCAGUCAGAGCCCCAGCUCCAUAGGGAGAUCUGGAGACCUUCAGCUCAUGAUCCCCUCACCUGGGGUCCUCCGGCUGGAGCCCAAGGCAGGGUCAGUCUGUUGCCAAGUCAAGGAGGUAAGAGGUACAAAACAUGACAAGAGCUUUUCUCUUUGAAUCGGUAAAUGGAAAAGAAGAGAGUGACUUAGAAUGAUCAUAGUUAAUCAGAAAUGCACCUAUUAGACUUCUAUUUAACUCUUGCUUCCGAGGUAUACCAUUGAAAUGUGUUAUUCAGUGCUGCUAAGCUUAGCUGCUUUAACAAAGCUUUAUUUUUUAUUACCCUGCUUUUCUUAUGCUUUAUCUUAAGUCAUCAUUCUAGAGAACUCGAGGCCCUCUCCAGGUGCUCCAGCUUUGGGAGAGUACUGCCUAAAGGCAAGAAGCAGGGAUGAGAGGAAAUAAGGGGCCAGGCCCUGAGAGCUGUAAUGACACCCUGCUCCAGCCCGGCCCCUAGGGUCAGGGUCAGGGUCAGGAGAUUGUGUUCUAGGAUGGGCCAAAGCUCAGGGCAAAGAAGAGCCAAGUGGCCUUGGUGGGGGGCUGGCCGCAGCCCAGACACAAAGGAGGAAGCUGCCUGCUUGUAGUGGGCCGGGCGCUACAUCGGAUCCAGACAGGUGCCCUCCGAGGGAGGAACUAUUCUUUUUCUGACUUUAUAGAGGAUGCCGAGGCCUGAAGGGGAUAAGCAGCUUACUCCAGUUGAGUUGUUGAUCAGUUGUGGGGCCGUCCACACAGCCAGACUGAGCCUGGAGGUUCCCCCUGCAGGCCGUGUCUCUGGUGCUUGUCCCCACCAGCUCCUGCCUGUGGCACUGGCUUCAACAUCAGCUCUGAGUUCACAUCUUAGUUCCCACCGCUUUCAACUAGGCGACCUUGGAGAAGGUACUGAAUAUCUUGGACCUUAAGGUUUCAUCCCUAGAAAUAUGGAGGUCACGCUUCAUCAAAAGGUUCUGGUGGGUAUGAAAUGAGAUCGUGUGGAGUUGCUCAGCAGAACAUCUAGAACAUGUGGACCCUUGUGCCAGUGGAGCUCAUCCUUCACCCUCCCCUGAGGAGGGAGGGCAGCUGGGCCCCAACUCCAGCGUAUUCCUAGGGGGCCAAAGUGACAACGAGUACGACAAUACUAAAAGCUGUCAUCUUUAAGCCCUCAUUAUAUGGCAGCCCCUUUGCAAACCCUCUACAUAAAGUCUCAUGGCCUUAGGAGCUGGGUAUAAUUAAGAGUAAGAGGUUAAGUAAGUGGUCCAAAAAGAUGACAGACCUUUCACCAAAGAAGAUUUACAAAUGGCAAAUGAGAUGCUCGACAUCAUUAGUAAUGAGGGAAAUGCAAACCAAAACCCAGUGAGAUACCACUUCACACCCACUAGUGUGACUUCUAGUUAAAAUAAAAAGGAUAAUAACGAAUGUUGCAAGGAUGUGGAGAAGUUAGAACCCUUGUGUAUUGCUGGUAGGGGUGUAAAAUGGUGCAGCAACUCUGGAAAACAGUCUGGUAGUUCUUCAAAAGGUUAAACAGAGUUGCCGUAUGACCAGGCAAUUCUACUUGUAGAUACCUACCCGAGAGAGAUAAGAACAGAUGUCCACACAAAAACUUGCUCAUGAUUCUUUGUGGCAGCCUUUCUGAAAAUAGCCAAGAAGUGAAAACAACCCAAAUGCUGAAAAACUGGUGAAGGGAUAAAAUGUGUUAUACCCACACGAUGGAUAUCAUUCAGUAAUAAAAAGGAAGUAGUGACACAUGGUACAACAUACGAACCCCAGAAACAUCAUGUUAAGGAAGUUGCUUGCAGAAGGCCACACAUUAUAUGAUUUCAUUUACAUGAAAUGUCCAGAAAAUGCAACUCUACAGAGAUAGACUGGUUGCCUAGGGCUGGGGUGGGAAUGGGACGAGGACAGGGUUUCUUCUGGAGUGAUGAAGUGAUUUAAAAUCAGAUUAUGGCAAUGAUUGCACAACUCUGGACAUAGUCAUUGAAUCGUAAACUUAAAGUGCAUGAAUUUUACGGUGUAUAAGUUACACUUCAUAAAACUUAAGAAAAAGGAAAUAGGCAGUUCCCUUGUGGCACAGGGGUUAGGAUUCUGGGCUUUCACUGCUGUGGCCCGAGUUCAGUCCCUGGUUUAAUUAGCUAGGAAGUGGUACCAGGGCUCAAAUCCAAGUCUGAUACCAAAUUCUGUCCUUUCUGCACAUAUCCUGCUGGCAAGCUGUCUUAGGUGACAGGAGACUGCCCUUCAUCUCCUCUCCUCUGCCCCCCUGCAAGGCCACCUCCUUCCCAGGCCUAAAUCCACCAACACACAUUUACUGAGGACCUACUAACUGCUAGGCCCUGGCUCAUGCUUUGGUGUGUAGGGUCCACCUGGCUCAGGUGGGUCCUCACCUGCUCAGGGCCCCCUGCCCUUUGCUUCUGAGCUUCGACCCGGUGUGGGCAGGACUAGAUUUCACCCAAGGUGGCUGCGGCCCCAGGCCUCCAGGGCGUAGACGAAGAGGGCCACCCCUUGGAAACCAGUUCCGGUCGCCUUUCUGCGGGGCCUCAGGCCGGCCCCUCUCAGCUGCCCGCCUCCUCACAGGGCUGAUGGGUGCGGGGGCUGGAGCUGCAGAGGACACCCUGGACAGAGGGUCUAGAGGCUGGGGCCCGAGCCACCAGGAAAGCCCGUGAAUGCCUCCUGACGCCUUGUAGGAGUAAAAGCUGGUGUGAGAGGCUAGGGCAGCCUUCCCAAGAAACACGUGCGCAGCACUCCCUCUGUGCCAAGCGCCCUGUGAAGCCUGGGCAUGCCGCAGUCAGGAAGACUUGUCCUUGUUCUGAGUUGCACAAGGGCCGAGGAAAGAUGUGGACACAGGGAGUAGAAGUGGAAAACACAGGAAGGCAGAGGAAAAGGAAGCACGGAUAUGGGUAAGAGUGAGGAAGGGCGCCAGCUAACCCCCUGCCUGCCCUCCCCCACUCUCUGCUUCUCCACCUGGACCCUGGGGGCAGCCGGGCCUAGAGCAGGCACAGCCCUCGUUUCAUAACUGACUUCUCUCAGGACCCCCCAAACACUCCCUCAUCUAUUGCCUCAGUUUUGCUCUCCUGUGAAAUGGGGGCACAGACCUCCCGCCCAAAAGUUAGCAAUAGUUACUUUGGGGAAGUGGGAUUGAGGUUGACUUCUCAGUUGAUUUCUUUCUCUGUUUAUUUUGCUUUAGAUUGUUGCUUGCAAUAAGCAGGCAUGAUCUCCAUAGUUAAAAGAUUUUAAAAUGUUUCCCCUGAUCCCCACCGGCAGGCCGCAUGGGGCACAAACACACCCUUCUUCAUCCUUGUCCGCACGUGACCAUUACUAAGCAACGCUCUGGGGAGGGACACCAGAGAGCCUGACUGUGCUUCUUCCCUCACCGUUCGCGAUGGUGUAGACAGGCCUUUCUGCAUAUCUAGUCAAAUACUUAAAGCCUUGACCUGUGCUGUCCUUUUACCAAUAAACCAGAACGUAGGCAGAAUGGAUAUCGUGUCUACUUGAGAUCAGUAGUGUUUUGAAAAUGAAAUGCACCUCUUUUCAAGGUCCAAGCCAGUGUGGAUAGCUUGCUACCUUUAUGUAAGAAAAGGAGGAAAUACGAAAUUGGAUGAAGAAACUCUAGAAGGAUACACAAGACACCAAGAAGGGGUACUUGUGGGGGGACAGAGGGAAGGAGGCUGACGGGAACAGGGACAGGAGUAACAUCUCAUUAUAAACCUUUUUGCAGUGUACUGAUUUAGGAAUCAUACGAGGGUGUUACCUAGUCACCAAAUACAUUCUGUAGACCUUCAGGGGGCUGCCGGGCUGCCCUGGCUGUGCAGUGCUCUAGCAGGACGCAUUGCCCCAAGGCUGGAGCGACCCGAGUGCCCUACUCUGGUCUUGCGCUGCAUCCAGGAACACUCUGGGCAUGAGUGUGUCCUCCUUGGCAAAGGUGGACAGAUGGGUGCUCUGGGCCCAGCCUCUUCCUUCCACCCGGGCCCACCUUCUGUGUCACUGUGGGCAGGAGCCCAGCUCUGGGCUCCUGUGGAACCUGGGACUCCUCCCCAGUGACACUGACCACGUGGUGUGGUAAUCACCUGUUUUCCUGUCUGUUUCCACCACCAACUUGGGUGCUUCCAGGUAUGGGGAACAGGCUGGGUUGUAGGCCAUCCCUCCUGGUCCUAAUGCUUGACACCCAGUAAACACAGCUGAAUGAAUGCAUACAGUCAUGAAUGAAUGAAUGACAACUCUUCUGCUUAAAUGUCAGUUUGGGCUCUUACUUGCUGUGCCUCGAGAAGCUUCUGGUUUACUGGGGUGAAAGCCCUGUUCAGCUCCCAGCCUGACCCUCAACUGUUGAGUUCUGACUCUUUUAUUCAAUCAGCCAGUGUUUGCUGAGCACUUCUGAGAUGCUGUGCUCAUGCUAGAUUGGCUGGGUUGUGGGGAACUCUUAGUGAAUUUCUAUCCUGGCCACUCUGUCUCGGGGGCACCUCUAUUAGUGCACCCUGUUCCUCCCUCAGGGCUGCCUGAGAGCUUUUUCAGCAUGUGGACACCUCAAAGCCAUCUGUAAUUUCAUACAGCUCUGGGGUGCCUUAGGUAAGAGGGAAGCACCUCAGGAAUGUUUAGGUAAAAUGGGAUUGGGAUGGAAAUCAAUUUCAUAACAGCUUUCAAUUUUAGAAAGGGUUACAUGGAUAAGUGUUCUCUCUUCCUUGAAGAUAAAAACAACCAGGAAUGCACUCGGUGGGCUGCAGCAGCAAUAUAUUUGGUUAGACAUCAGAGACUUCUCCUGUCAAUCAAGAUACGUUGAUAGUGGUGACCUGGAGAAGCUGAGAAACCCCAGCACCUCUCGGGUACUGGUCACCCUGAAUUGUAAGACCUGAAUAUUGAACUGGAAUUUCAUUUGUAGUAUGUUUUCAAUUACAUCACAGUAAAGAUUGUUUUCCUUCUGCCA